AUGGCCUCAAAACCGUUACUCAACUCCGAAGAACGGAGAAUGAGCCAAUCAAAGGACCCGUAUGGCUCGACAAAUGGCAGCAAAAAUGGCAGCAAGAAAGGCAGUGAUGCGAAAUCAGCUGAGGUUGAGAUUCAGAAGCUGAGAGAGCAACUCAAAGAACACGAGGCGGCAAUCAAGACUGAAACGCAAGUGAAAAAGAUUGGAGAGCUAACAGCCAGCGUGAUCGUGAUCCUGUUGGUGGCUUUCACUUGGGCCCUCAGCACCCAGUUCAGCAAGACAGCACUGACAGUCGACCGGGAGAACUUCUAUGCCCCAUAUUUCAUGAUGUGGUUCUCGACUUGCCAUAUGAUCUUUUGUUACCCACUCUUUCUCUGCUACACAAAGAUCGCCCGAAAGCAAACGAUCGGUGAAGCACAUCAAGAAGCUCUUACUGUGUUCAAGGGACGAGGUCUCACUCCAAUAUCUCUUCUCCUUUACGUUUUCCCAUUUUUGUGUCUCUGGGUGGCCGCUAACUAUAGUUAUGCACGAUCUUUGGGAUCAAUCUCUGCCUCUGUAGCCACAUCGAUCUCCUCUUGUAACACUGCAAUCGUCUACAUUCUUUCAAUCAUCGUUCUCAAAGAAGGCUUCUUCCCACAUAAGCUGCUGUCAGUGAUCUUUGCCAUCGGUGGAGUGGUGGUGAUGUCGUUUGAUGGAGAGAUUUCUGGAGAGAUCAUGGGCAUCGUUUUGUCGAUAAUUUCGGCGACAUCGGCUGCAUUUUACAAGGUUUUCUUCAAACGUGUGAUUGGAUCGGCCUCGUUUCCUCAAGUUUCCAUCUUUAUGACAUGUUUGGGAACACUAAACUUGUUCCUGAAUGUCGGCAUUGCGUUUGGUCUCAUUGCCACUCCAUGGGAAUGGAUCAAUUUCCAGCAUGUACCUUGGCUUCCACUUUUCGGAUCGGCUUUGCUCAGUUUGUGCUUCAACUUCACGAUCAAUUUCGGUAUUGCCGUGCUUAAUCCAUUAGUGAUUUCUGUUGGAAUGCUUUGUGGUAUCCCGUUGAAUACAGUUAUUGAUGUUCUGUUCCGUGAUGUGACACCAACGGCUUUCUUUUUAACAGGAACUGGUCUCAUAUUGAUCUCUUUCUUGUUGAUCAUCACACCGGUUGACAUUGUGGCCCGCUUGAAAAGAAGAGCCUGUGGAGUGAGAGAUGUGGAGAAUGAUGACCAAGAGCCACCAAAGGACAUCAUCGAAGAGACAGUUCAAGAGUCUAGGCAU